AUGCUGCUGCGAGGUGUCGAAGCCCUCGUAGGCUCGCGGUUGUUGGGCGUCCGGUCCGGCAGCAGAACGAUAGUGUGGUACGUUGCUCACUUCUUGCUGCUGGUAGAGCCCUCCGCCGUCGGGCAAUUGGUGGAAACCGUAUCCCCCGCCGGCGGCGCUGCCGUAGGGACCUCGGCCAUGGUCCACUCCGACCGCGUUGUCCUCCAGCUCGGGAUCCUGGCCCACACGGCGGUCCCGGCAGCGCUGGAGAGUGGCCGCAACUCCAGCCCGCACCUUGUUCGUUUUGGUACGGCUGCUGUCAAGAUGGGCCACCAAUCAUCCGCCCCGAGUCUUGAGCUCCGCCUCGAAGGAAGGNCGCCGGCGGCGCUGCCGUAGGGACCUCGGCCAUGGUCCACUCCGUGAGCCGCGAGCCCGUAGCCGUAGCCUGCCUCAGGAGGUGGCNGCGGCGGAUAAUUACCACCACGGCCGCCCACCUGACGACCUCGGCUCUCCGGGGGGGAAGGGCCGUAUCCACCAUACCCACGCCCCCCAGAGUUGCGCCCCUGCAGUUGUCCUCCAGCUCGGGAUCCUGGCCCACACGGCGGUCCCGGCAGCGCUGGAGAGUGGCCGCAACUCCAGCCCGCACCUUGUUCGUUUUGGUACGGCUGCUGUCAAGAUGGGCCACCAAUCAUCCGCCCCGAGUCUUGAGCUCCGCCUCGAAGGAAGGUCGACCCCUGGGCCUCCCGCCUCCCGCUCAUGUACGCGCAGAACUCGUUGUAGUGGACGAGGAAUUCGUGGCGUAACUUGUGACAUUCGGAGGUCUCGUGGGUGCUGUUGGGGCCGUGGAGCUGACAGAAGUGCGAUGGCUGCUGCUGAUUUUGUUGAUGUAGCGGUAACGACCCCUGUGGCUGCUGAGGUCGAUGUCCGCCUUGCUCCAAUCCUGCAGCGACUGGUUUCCCCGCCCCGCCGCCCCGGCCCACGCCGGCAGCGACGAGGGCGUGCCUCAUCUCUUCCUUCCCCUCUCCAGCUCUCCGCUCGUACCUCAGCUCGUGCUCUUCCAACCUCAGCAUCUCCUGCAUUGUAGCCCUCGAGAACACAUCGAAUCAAACAGAAGGCGGUCUUGAGUUUUCUCAAACCUUGGGAGAAAUCCCCGGACUAUGUGCCUGCACAUCGACUUUUCAUCCCUGUUAUCACCAUACGAUCGAAGUCUCAACCAAAGCGCAACUGCCACACCGUAAUAGUCCAUAAGACUCUCUCCUUGCCUCUGGUCUAUUACGUUCCAUGCGUCGUCAAGAGUUUGUCGCUCCUGACUCUUAUCCUGGCUGUAUUGUUCGAGAAACACGCGGUACCCUGCUGGAGGCGAUUCUGAUGCCAAGAUUUGGGCUUGUACGGGUUGUGCUGUGAUCUUGGCUAGCAUAAACGUCCAAGUCUUCCUGGAUUGCUUCACUUUUACUUUCUCCUCUCCGAACGUGCUGCUCAACCAGUUCAAAUGCACACCAGCUGCACCAACAGGGACCUCUGAACUCCUCAUCACACCAGCAAGUCCCUCACUCUCCAGCCACGCUUCAAAAGCACUCGUGAACACUCGCAAUGCAACUUCGAUCGAUCUGUUCUUCAGAUAGUCAUCACUCCAUGCUGGUACAUCUAUCUUUUCUCUCUGCCUCAGUUCUAAAAUCUGGUUGCUAGACGUGCCUGAGUGGGCACGGUGCCCCUGGUCAUGAGUU